ACCAAAAGCUUUUCAUACAUAUAUAACUGUGAAGUUGAUAAAUCAUUUGUAAAUACAAAUAUAUAUUACUUUAAAUGAAACGUUUAAUAUGAAAUAUUUUCUGAUUGAAUUAGAGUGAAUUAUUCUGCCGAAAUGUACAUAUAUAUCAUUUUGUGCGGAUUUCGGAAAGUUUAUAUCUGAGUUUGAACAAGGAACACGUUCGUGCCGAUAUAUAAACCAUCAGUGUUUCACCGUCACAAAGUCCCAUUUGGAGACCAUUAUAAACAAGAAUUUGUAUUCUGCGGAUAACAGUGAUUUGUAAGGAGAGGAUCUAACCGGAAUGACGGACCAUUACAGGCAUAAUGCCGGAUGGCGGGCUCCGGCAAAAAGACCAGCCCGUAUAGAGAUGCAGAUCCGACGCGGGAUGUAUGACGAGUACAGCGGGGAUCAGUGGGAUUACGAAAACAACGCUGUGUGCGAUUGUUUCCCGCGAACUAGUACACAUACAAUACCGUCAAUGUUUUAUGACAAAAUCGCGUGCCCGCAUAAAAAUUACCAACAUAUUCAACCAGCCCAGGAAACUCAGUUUAAUUACCCGUGGACGGCUAACUCAUUAAGUAGACAAAAAGCUCGUGGUGAUGAUGAUGAUCUUAGUGAAAGACUUUCUUUAAUCUCCGAGGAGGAUGACCAACUUCGAUUUACACCAAAUCAUUUACAACGUAACGAGCCUGACGUUCUUUCAAUACAGACGGCACCGCCGUACUGGUACAAACGUGAAGGUGACCCCAGGGAAAGUAAACCGCCCUUUACAGCCCCUGUCAAUGACACUCAAAUUCUAACAAAUGGUCGUCGGGCUGAAUCAAUGCAGGAUAUCCGGGAUCCAGCUUAUAGAACUGACGGCAUGACGCCGACGAGAGAACAUUACAGCCCUACUGGUCACCGACGGAACAGUCGUCUAUCUAACCGCCAGUUUACAGGAACUUAUGUUGAUCCACGGGGUAAGAUGUAUAACUACAAUGUGAAUUACAAUGGAACGCCGAACCCGAACGCCGGCAGGUACCCGGCUCAAGACAACAGAAAACCCGGUACAGCCUUGUGACGAGAAUAAAUUUUAAGUUAAAAGUACAACAGUUACAGUAGUUUACAAAGGAAACAAUCAAAUACAAGUUUUGAUAUACAUUACUUACAUAUAAUACUGAAAUCGUAUAUAUGACAUAACCUUUGAUUUGUAACUUAAACAAUUACCACAAACUGGAUGUAAAGAGUGUUAUAUUCA